AUGUCUACCAACGUACACCUUAAAUUUCUGUUCUUGCUCUUCUUCUCAUCCUCCUUGUGGGAUUCACAUGCUCAACAUGUGCCUGGUGUUGCAGCUCAUAAUAGUCUCAAACCUGGCGAUACGCUCAAUUCCUCAAGUUCACUAAAUUCUCCAAAUGGGAGGUUCAUGUUGCGGUUCUACCUGUGGCCUGCUGCAUUUGGAACUACUAACUACACAUAUUUAACGAUUUUCAGAACUUCCGAUUUGCAUUUAGUAUGGUAUACAAGACAAGGUAUUCCAAUAACCAAUGAAUUUGACCUACUCACCCUGGAGAACAAUGCAGGAUCAUUGAAAAUCAGGCGCCAUUGUGACAAUCCUAUAGAGCUAUCCUCUUCUCCUCAACCUACCAAUAACACUCUGGCUUUUUUAUUGGAUUCUGGCAAUUUCGUCUUCAAUGAAGUGUACUCCAAUGGAUCUACGAAGCGGGUGUUAUGGAAAAGUUUUGAUUAUCCAGGGAAGGUGUUGUUGCCAGGUAUGAAAUUAGGGGUAAACCAGAAAACUGGUCAAAAUUGGUCACUCAUAGCAUGGUUAACUGACGACUACCCAGUUCCAGGGGCUUUCACUCUUGAAUAUUCGGGACACCAACUGAUCAUUCGGCGACGCGGCGUGGUUUAUUGGAAGAGUGGGGUCUUGAGAGGCAACGAAUUUGAGAAUAUUUCACCAAAAGUAACAUCCAUGUAUCAUUUCAACGUUGUAUCAAAUGGAAAUGAAGAAUCAUUCUCUUUCAUGUGCAAAAAUGGAAGCCAGGAAUCUCGGUGGCUGUUUACUUCAACAGGGAAGUUACUUGGUGAUGACCCGCAACCCAUAGCCCAAGCAGAUAAAUGUGAUCGCUACAGCAUUGAUGGAGGAUGUCAAAGGUGGAACCAGCCACAGUGUAGGCACCACCAUCAACAUGGCUACACAGUUGAACUUAAUCGUGGUUAUUUUGUGUCUGAAGAUGAUUCGAGCUACAAUAUCUCAGAUACAAAUCUUGGCAUCAGUGAUUGUAAAGUUAGCUGCUGGGGCAACUGUAACUGUGUGGCUUAUACUUCUCUAUUUGCAAAUAGAUCUGGAUGCAAAUUUUGGACAAAUAUUUCCAACUUCGUUCCAGACGACUUGACAUAUUUAGAUCUUGUCUAUAUUCUAUCUCGAAAGCUUUCUCACAGCGGUAAGUUUCCUCUUUCUGUUUCUAUGAACAAUAGACAAGAUUCCAAUUUGAACAACAUAUCUUGGGCCCUUGUCAUGAGAAGCAUUUUUACGUGCACGGAGCAAACCCAAAGCCUUAAGAUGAUUUAG